AUGAAGUUUCUGCUGUUGCUCUGUUGGGCGCUCCUUGGUUCUGUGUCGGGCUUCAACCCCAUGGCCAAGAACGUACACAGUACCAUGACCCCGCUUUCGCCGCUCCAACCUGCUGAUCUGGGUCAAGAUUACGAAGCAACAUCUCCGACGACACUAACGGCAGUCCUCGGUCCAAUGGCUGGCCUUACAACAGGUCUGGUCACCUUUGCCGGUGCCGCCUUUGCAGGAGAAGAAAUCGAAAUGGCCGAAUUGCCCCCACCAUAUGUACCUGCCAUAUUUGCUGUGGGCUUGUUGGUUGGUGUGGGUGUUCUGACCGGAAGUCUGGGAAAUGUCAUUGAUGAAGAGGCUUCAUUGGGUCUUCAGUCGGGAGCCCGUGCCCGCAAAGAAAUUGAGCGAAGCAGGUCAUCCUAUUUCAAGAAACGCUAG